AUGGCGUUCGAGGUGACAAAAUCGCGCAGUGUAGCUGGUGUUCUCAUUUUUUCGGUGACAAUUAUAAUUCUGUCCCGUCCUACGAAUAUUCUAGCUGCAGAUGAUAAUUACUUAUCUAGUGAAGAACGACUACUGCAUCACUUACUGGACAACUACACUGUACUAUCCCGUCCAAUCCAUGAAGUAAAUGACACGGUAGAAGUCUUUUUCUGGAUGUCCUUAACACAAUUAAUAGAUGUGGACGAGAAAGCUCAAAUAAUCACGACUAGUGCGUGGAUAUAUCAGGAAUGGACAGAUCAUCGAUUAUCAUGGCGUGAAUGCGACUAUGAAGGUCUUACAUCUGUAGUUGUGCCAGUUGGAAGAAUUUGGAAUCCGGAUCUUUCUCUUUUAAACAGUGACGACAAUGAAUUCGAAGGAUUUCCCAGGCUAAAUAUCAAUGGAUUGAACCUGAUUUUACAUAGCAACGGAGUUGUGUUCAAGGUCACGCCACAAAUCCUCCAUACACCGUGCAUCAUGGACAUUACAUACUUUCCCGUCGACGUCCAGAGCUGUGAGUACGAAUUCGGAAUGUGGGCGUACACAGACAGGCAGGUGGUCCUGCGACCCCAGCAAGACAACGCACCUCUGGAAAAGUACAUACCUAAUGUAGAGUGGGAUAUUUUAACAACAAAAGCAGUCGCCAUCGCAAAAACCUUCAUGGGUGUGUCAGACACCUUCACGAGCAUAAUCGUUACCAUGGAAAUCAAACGUAAACCACUGUAUUAUAUUGUAAAUUUGAUUCUUCCAUGUGUAGUUGUAUCAAUGCUGACUGUGGUAGUAUUUUGUCUACCAUCGGUGUCAACGGACAAAGUCAGUCUGAGCAUUUCACUCUUGCUGACAAUAUACGUAUUUAAUCUUCUCGUAAUUGACUUGUUACCCGCCACGUCCGUUGAGCUGCCGUAUGUGACUGUCUAUCUCCUCUUCAGUAUAAUAUUAAUCGGACUCUCCGUUAUGUUGACUGCGUUCGUGUCUAGACUAUAUAACAGAGCGGAUCGGUGUCCUACGAGAGUUCCUAACUGGGCUAGGAACAUUCUGCUAGGAAAACUUGCUGAUAUCCUGCUAGUAAAACGAAGGGGGACAAGAAAGAAAUCUGUAUAUUCUAUUUCUAAAACCAGUCCAAUAGUCAACCACAAAAGCAAUAAGCACCUUAAAUCGCCAUUAGUGAUUGCGAAUUUAGAAUUUGAAAACGCAUCUUUCGAGAGUGACUUGCCCCGUCUAUGUCAAUCAGGAUUGCAUAGUCAACUUAAUGCACAGGCACGUUGUUAUAUAAAAGCUAUAUGCAAGCAGAGACGAAAUCAAUAUCGAUACACUCAAAUGUGCAUAUAUGAAGACAAAUACUACAAGAAAAUUGUGAGUCGACUAGAUAAACUUGUAGAUUACGUUCAUAAAAUAAUGCAGCAUAUUGCCCCAGAUGAGACAUUUGUUGAGAUUCGUGAGGAAUGGAUCGCGUUAGCAGCUGUUGUCGAUAGAAUACUACUCAUUGUGUUUGCUACUAUUAGCUUCACUGGUGCCGUUAUUAUUCUUCCCAAGAUCACGACGUAA